AUGAAGAACACUGCCAACGACCAGUAUCUAGAGGUGCGCGCCAACAACGUCGAUGAACAAUCGAUGUCGGUGCACUCGCGUUACUACCUCUUGGAAACACCGUUCUCGCGAAACUACAUUGAUUUCGACGAGCUCAUUGUCAAUUGUCCGUCGAUGCGAUCGUUCAACAUCAAGAAUAUCUCGAAAUCGAAACUCACCAUCAACCUCAGCACAUCACUGCCCGACGAAAUCAAACUCUACAAAGAGAAUAUCGGUGAUCUCAGUGCCAUUCCAACGCAACACCAACUCACCAAACAAUCGUUGGUUCACGACUACAUUACAAAGUUCUUUGAUGGCGAGGAGAUCGAUCCGCUCGGCUCGAAAACCUAUAGUAAUCGCAAGGUUGGCAAUUCUCACCAGAACACCUCGAAUGCAUCGUCUGCCACCAACUCGCGAACCAACUCGCGUGCCAGUUCGCCUACACUCGAAGUGCAGCUCGACAAACAGUUGCACAUCUACGAAGACAGUCUGGAUAGCGACGUCAACUCUACAUCGCUGCAACUCGACAGUGCAUCGUCGUACGGCACACCAAACAUGAGUAACUUUGCACUCUCCCAAUUGGUACCAUCGUUUGAAGAUAACACGCUGCCGCUGUUCACCGACUUUGAAUCGGAAACCAACUACAUUCAAUCGCAAAUCGAAAAGUACAAACGAUUGGAAAUCAUCGUACAAUCCGGUCAAUUGGUAGCAGCAAAGAACAUUGAACUUGCACAAAACGAAGAGAUCACCAUCUACAUUGUAUUUAUUGUACUCGAUUCAAAGAGACCUUGGUUAGGUGGUAAACUAAAGAAUAUGGAAGCAAAGUUAUUUAUUGGUUUGGAUAAAUUGGAUGAUAAACCACUUAUUGGUACACCAACAAGAGAAUUAAAUAUAAGUACAAAAGUAUGUAAAUCAAUGAUGGAUCUUGCACAGAGAAAUAUCAAUUUUGGAAAUAUCAUUCAAUAUGACUAUAGAACAAAGACAUUGUUGAUACAUAAUCUUACACAAGUACCAUUGGUAUAUCGUAUCAAAAAGUCUGGUUCUAUUACCUCUGGUAAUCUUAAUAUUGCAAAUGUUGAUAGAAUGGGUAUUAUUAGACCAUUUAGAAAGAGAGAAGUACAAUUUGUAUUUAAACCAACAUUCUCUGGUAUUUUCGAUGAGAAAUUGAUUAUAGAGAAUAUUUAUGAUAGUAAUAAUAAUCAGAUCGUUCACAUCAAGGCAAACGUUAAGAAACCACGUCAUUUCUUCUUGAAUACUUUGGAUAUCGAUUUCGGUGUUUGCAUGAUCAAAGGCAAAUCGAUCACCAAGAGAAUCACAGUGACCAACACCUCCAAUCAGAAGCGUAUCUUUAAGAUCAUCGAUGAUUCCCCGAGUUCCUUUGAGAGUUGUUUGAAUAAGCUAUUCUUCAAGUUGGAGGAACGUUCUGCAAUGUCCGUUUCCAAAGAGACCGAGGUGGAGAUUGAUGCACUCGAGCGAAAGCUAAAGAUCUGUCGUCGAAAAGGACAACACGAGAAAGCACUGAAGAUCAACAUGCAGAUCGAAAAGCUGAGAAACAGUGGUAAUCCAUCGGUUGCAGCUGUUCCUGUUAGUAGAGCUACUUCACCUGCCAUCGAGUCGGAAGUAGCUGAUGGAUCUGUACUCUCACCAAUGCACUCUAUCUCUGGAAAUGGCGAGAUCGGCGGCGGUAAUGUUGAAAAAGUAGAUGCUUCACUUUUAAACAACUCUGCUCCACCUAAACCAGCAGCAAAGAUUGGUGAUAGUUCAAUCACUUUUGAAGUGGAUGGUGGUGGAAUUCAAAAUAUCUUGGUGUAUUUCGCACCGAUUCCCAAGCCUGGACGUAGACAGUGGUAUGGAAAGGAAGAUGGAAUUGGAUCUAUUCUUGUCUACGAAUCAAAGAAUAGCGAUGUCACAAAGAAGAUCAACUAUAAUGCAACGAUUUGUUUCGAUGAGGAGACCUAUCGUCAGAACAUCUCACAGGCACAACUAGCAGAUGACGCAGGUGUAGGUGGCCACCACCAAGCCGGCAGUGGUAGCAUCAAGUCACCAAUCUCCAAUGUCAUGACGAGUCCAACCACUUCGCCCAAAUCAUCGACUAUUAUCACCUCGACAGCAACUCUAAUCAAACCAACCGCUAAACUAGCUGCACAACCAACGGUGAUGACCAUAUCACCACCGAAACUCGACCUUGGAGAGGUACGUGUCUACGAGGAUAUUGUAUUCCGUUUCACACUCGCCAAUCAUACAGGACAUCGUGUCAACUAUGAUCUCUCUUUGAUGGUGCCAUCUACAUCUUCAACUUCAGGAGGCAACUCGGUUAAAUGUCCGAUUACUCUCAAGGAGAAGCAAGGUGUCAUCGAACCAUACGGACGUCGUACACUGGAAGCUGUCUGUCAACCACAAGUUCCAGGCAAACAAACACACACCAUCUUGGUUAAAUCUAGCAACUACGAAGGAACCAUCCAAGUAUCACUCAGUCCCAGACCUCCACAAUAUGUAUUAUUCCCUGAUUUACCAUCAUCACAAAUCCUGGAUUUCGGUGAUUGCUACUAUGACAAAUCAAAGAAAUUCUCAAAGACCUCUUCAUUUAGAUUAGAUAAUUUAUCACAUAAAUCAUUGUAUAUCAGUGUAAAAUCUAAUCUUUCAAUGCAAAUAUUUGUAUUCCAAGAUGAAAAGUUUACAAAACCAGCUGAUAAUAUAUUUUUGAAAGGCUACGAGAAAACAGUUGUCUAUAUUUGUUUGCAACCAAGUAUGACCUCUGAGAAUUAUAUCGAUGGUCACUGCAGAGAGUUGGUCGGUGGUAUUAGAAUCAAGGUUCACGAUACCGAACAUAGUAUGCUCUAUGAGAAUACCAUAAAGUUUACUGCAAUCGUUGGAAAGAGUAUUAUAAGAGUUGGUAAGACUCUUAUCGAUCUCGGUUCAACUAGUAAUCUUGGUGAGGUGGUCAGUGGUAGUUUCAAUAUAAGCAACCUCACUACUCUGUUGCCAUUGAAAUACACGAUGACACCUUCAAAGAAUUUGAAACUCUCAAAGACUGAAGGUACUCUAGAUGGUGCAGAAGUCUCGCAUGGUCUCUCGAAAGAACGUAUCUAUUUCACUUUGCACACCAAUGUCUAUGGAUUGUACGAAGAGAAGGUCACCAUUGCCAAUCUCUCUUGUCCAGGACAGAAACUAGAGGUCAACAUCCGGUUGUUGGUGGAUGACGCUUCACUCCUAACUAAUCUACCGCUCAACUCUAAUAGUUGUGAUAUUUUGAAGUUGGAAGAUGUCUAUGUGGCACCGGUUCAGUCUGCAGUGAUUCUGGAGGAAGCUCGUCGUACCACAGACUUUAUUAUUUCACAAGGUUAUACCAAGACAGGAACUCAAUACACUCUGCUGAAUCCAUUCACCAUGAGAAACUAUCUCAAGUACGACAUUCGUAUCUAUCCCAAGUGUAAUAUCAAUAUCAUGUUGUUCCUACACGAACCAUCGAUUGAAGAACUACCGACAUCCAAUGUGAAUAAUGUUGCCGCUGACAAACGUAGAUCUAUGCGUCUCUGUGGAAAACCAUUCGUACUCACCAACGACCAAAAGAUUAUCGUCUACCCUCAUCCACCGGAACCGGAAUCACUCUUGACACCCAAGAAAAAGUCAUUACUAUGGAAAGGAAGAAAAGUUCAAUUCCAAGGUACUUUGGUUUUCGAACGUUCCGAUACCACUCACUAUCCAAUCGGUCCUGGUGAAGGUAAGACACACAUCAGUAAGCUCGUUACAAUCAAUGGAUCGUAUUGUAUGUCUCUGGGUGCUCUAACCGAGGAGAGUGUCGAUAUUGGACGUAUUGGAUAUGAGAAUAGUUGGAAGGAAGUUGUUAUCAUGAUCGAAGUUCAGAAUCUUUCAGAGAUACCACUUCACAUUAGAGCGUUACCACUUCCAUCGAAAUCAAUUAAAUUCACCAAUUUGUCAGCACUUUCAGGUUCGUCUAUGCUGAGCGCACCGCCAAGCGCUGCCAACAGCACAACCAACUCCACCGAUAUGCUGCUAAAGAGAGAUCAACAAGUUGUUUCACCAGGAAUCAAUAGCUCUACAUCUAUCUCUGGAAGUGGAGGACUUCAAUCCAAUCUUAUUAAUGCAUCGACUGGAUCGUCAUCAUCCUCUUCGAUCUUUGAUCAAGACGGUUAUUUCGAAAUCAAUGAAUCAGAGUCUCGUCAAAUCUCAAUCUCACUCGAUCCAAAGAAGAUAGAACAACAAACAGCUGGUCCACUCACUCUACCGAUUCUCUUUGAAAAUAUCUACAAUCAUAAUAACCCAUUGAAAUUCAACAUUAAUCUGCAUCAUACUCUUCGUGUCAUUUCUUUUGGUCGUUUGGUCGAAGGUGAAUUCGUACUACCAAACAUUCAUCAUCCACCAAUUCCAGGCACCAGUUCUCAAGCAGAUGAAUGGUUUACCAUUGAAAAUACAUCAAACAAAGUACUAAAGAUCAAUGUUGAUAUCGACUUGCUACCAAACAUCCAAGAGUUGAUCACUGUAGAAGUAGUUCAUAAAUCAUCGAAUGCACCAAUUCCAAGUUUCUCGUUGCGUCCAUCAGAGUUGAUCGAAGUGAGACUACGUGCCAAACCACGUCCCGAUUCUAGAUUGAAAGAACAAUUCGAUCAGAUUUCACCAUUCGGUAAGAUCUGUAUCAAUACCAAUCUUUACCCGGUGGAAGUGAUACCAAUACGUGGAACUAUCGUUGCCGGUCAAACAUUUUCACUCUCUGUAGCAAAACUCAACUUUAAUUCCAUGGCAAGAAUUACCAAUACCGAUGGUACAGAAGAACAGAUCCUACAGUCAUCGCUCACCGAUUACUUUAAGAUUCGUAAUCUCUCUACUCAUUUCCCAAUGAAAUUCGCUGUUGAACCAAUAUUUGUGGGUGGAGCAUCCAACUUCCCUGCAAACAUCAAGAUUUCGCCAGCAGAUGGUGAAAUCCAACCGAAUGAAUCAUUACCAAUUGAUAUCAAUGUUGAGUUACCCAACGAAGAUAUGCCACCAAGCAGUACAUUCCAAGUACAAGUUACAGCACUCGAUACUUUCAACAAGGAAACUCAAAAGCUUGCUGUCAAUAUUCUAGGUGGAAAUAAACCUAUUUCAUCGCCAACUGUAAACUCCUCUCAAGUCUCUUCAAGUACACCAACAUCAUCCUCUAGCUCAUCAUCGACCACCUCUACAGACCCAUCAACACCUCACGUCACCACCCAGUCGUUAUCCACUCAGGUAUCAUCACCAUUGACACUUCCACAAACUCAAAUCAAUACUCAACUUCCACCAUAUCAACUACAACAACAACAACAACAAUCUCAAUCUCAAUCUCAAUCAACACCUCCACAACAAACCACACCACAACCUAAUUUACCACAACGUAUUUCAUUAAAAGGAUGUACACCUAUUCCAAAGAGUAAGAAUUGUUAUGAAAUCAAUUUAAAUCAACAAGAAUAUACCACUGGUAACGUACAAUGGGAGAUUACAUUGGAGAAUAUAAGUGCUGGUAAAUCAGUUGAAUACUAUAUCUUUACAACCAAACAAUCGGAUGAACAAUGGUUGGGUAUGAGUAGAAACAGUGGAAAGAUUGAAGCACACGGUCGUCAUAAUAUCACUCUUACAUUCUCUACCAAACGAAUGGAUAUGUAUUCUGCGUAUCUCAUAGUUGAGAAUAAGAAUAAUCCAAGUGAUCAAAAGACUAUUCAUAUUACAAUGGAUGUUGUUGCCAAGCAAAACACUCACUACAAAGUUUGGGUGGAUGGACGUCAAGAAGACUCGCCUUCUAUCAAUCUCGGUGAUGUAUUCUACAAUACAACUUACACUGAUCGUUCAUUCAUAAUUGCCAAUACAUCAUCUAUGCCUUUGGAUUUCAUAUUGACAACAAGUCUAUUGCCAACCGAUUGUACAGAAGUUUGCUUCUCGCUGAGCAGAUCGUAUCUUCGUUCUUUCAAUACAUUGUAUGUCGCUGCCAAUUCAUCGGUUAAAGUCUACAUCUUUUUCCAUCCUUCAUUUGCAACGGUGACCGACGAUCAAAAUGUUGUUCAAAAGGAUAUCAAGAUCUUUGUAAACUGUCGUUUGAUUCGUGACUUCCAGACUGUAAUCAACUUACAAGCUACCUGUAGACAUCCACAAAUUAGAUUAUCAGAUUACAACACUGUAUUUAUUGGUCGUGUAUCAAUGAAAGAUAGUUCAACUGUAGUAGCUCAACAACAAACUUCACCAAAUACAUUCUCACCUUUGGAAAAUUCACUGGAAUCAUCAUCAUCAACAGCAAUACCCUCUGAAUCCAAUGCAAUUGUAUCCGCAACAUCAACAUCCACUUCAUCAAAGAUUAAAAAGUCGUUUGAAGCCAGUUCAUCAUUGCUGUUAACAAGCACAUCUAGUUCUCUAAAGUCCUCUGCCGUCAGCGGUAACGUUAAUCCUUCGAUCAAGAAAUCAGUGGUUGAUAUCGACUUUGAGAGUGAAAGUCGUGAUAUCUCUAUUUACAACAACUUUGCACAAGCCGAUCUACAUUACUGUGUUCGUUCCAACUUGAUGUUCUUUAUUGUCGACUGUGUUGAGAGUGGUAUUAUCUCUGCCGGUGAAUCAACAACCAUCUCUAUUCAUCCAAAUAUUCAAGCGAUCCUCGAGAAUUCCAACUUGCUCUUGAAAGAAAAGUACUUUGAGGAACAUAUCAUCGUUUACAAUAGAAAUAGACUCAGCGAGAAGCAUGUUAUUUCACUUCGUAUCACAAUCGGUAAUCUCACUGCAUUCUCUACAUCGUCUGGUCUCAAGGGUGGUUAUCACUAUAGAAAUCUAGAGUACAUCAUCACCAAAUUCAAUAGAAAAUUCAAGAAAUUCUGGUUCAGAGUACUAUCAAUUCAACAACAGGCUGCUGCUACUGCUGCCGCUGCUGCUGCUGCCAACUCUGCAAGUGGUAAUGUAACAACAUCUCCAACAACCACCGCUGCUGAACAACAACAAACCAAUACCACCAACACAACAACCAUUUCAUCACCACCAAAUGAUUCAACAAAUGAAGAUAUCAAAUCAAUAGAGAAACUCAAGGAAUUAAUUGAAAUCGGUAGUAAAAAUGAAAGAUAUCCACAAAUGGUAUUCGAUCUACAACAUAUCACCAAUGAAUUGAUUCUAUUUGGUUUAAAGAAACAAGUUGGACAAUUAACAUCUCAUUUAGCAAGUUUAUUCUAUUGUAAUUUAUUCAAACAAAACAUAUUCAAAUUAACAUCAUCAGAGGCAAAGAUAACCGCAUUAAAGUCAACAGCAAUCGUUCAAUGUUGUAUUAAUAGUUUGGGUGAAUUCCUAAGUUAUUUCCCAGAGAAGAGAGAGGAUCUUUUAGAGCUUCGCAACCUACAGGAUCAAAUUUCAAAGACAAAUUCUACAACUAUUUUAAAUAAUGAAGAUGAUGAUACAAGUGAUGACGAUUCCAAUACGAAUUGA